ACCUCGUCGCCAUUGCCGCGGCACCGCUUAUUCAUAUUCUCGGCGCACGUUAGCAGAGCAUCGCGAUGGAGGUGAUGACGCACGCCUCCACCUUCCUCCUCCCUCCCUCGCCUCCCUCGGGGAGCAACGGCCACCCGCUAACGUACGCCCUCGUCGUCCUCAACCAGCGCCUCCCCCGCUUCGCCCCUCUCCUGUGGAGCCACGCACGGUUGCGGGUAUGCGCGGAUGGAGGGGCGAAUCGGAUCUACGACGAGAUGCCACGGCUCUUCCCCGAUCAGGACCCCCUCGACGUUCGAAACAGAUACAAGCCUGACGUAAUUAAAGGAGAUAUGGAUUCAAUAAGAGACGACGUGAAGGAGUUCUAUUCUAAUUUGGAAGUCAAAAUAGUGGAUGAAGCAGAUGAUCAGGAUACUACUGAUCUGCACAAAUGUGUAGCUUUUAUCUGUGAUAAUAGACCUACUUUGGAUAAAUCUAAUCAGUUGUGCAUUCUUGUUGCGGGUGCGCUAGGAGGAAGGUUCGAUCACGAGGUGGGAAACAUCAAUGUGCUUUAUCGGUUCUCAAACACCCGUAUCGUCCUCCUAUCAGACGAUUGUUUGAUAUAUCUUCUCCCAAGAACCCAUUCUCAUGAGAUCUUCGUCCUGAAAUCCGUAGAAGGCCCACACUGUGGGUUGAUUCCUGCCGGUGCACCGUCAGCGAGCACCACUACCACUGGUCUUAAGUGGAAUCUAGAUGACACGGCGAUGAGCUUCGGCGGUUUGAUAAGCACUUCGAACAUCGCCCUCGAGGAGAAGAUCACGGUUCUCUCUGAUUCAGAUCUUCUUUGGACGAUAUCCAUCCGACACCCAAAUAAAAAGAUUUAGUUCCUAUUUCCUACAUUAUUUUUGCAGCCUAUCAGUAUCAACUUGGUUUCUAUUUGUAAUUCAGGUUUGGAUGUAUAAUCCAUCAAAUUUUGUAAGUUGCGGAAUUCAUAGUUCUCGACACUGUUGCAUCAUAGGUAACUACAUCAAAUUUUUUUCUUAUUCAUUUCUUAUCUGGUGAACUCUUGUAAUAGUAUUUAUUAAAUAAUAAUGUCGUCAAAUUCUAGUUUAACUUUUAA